GUAAAGUCUAAUCUUCUGGUAAUUAGCCGGCAGCUUAAAAAGGCUGAGAAGAAGCAGGCUCAAACCGAGGGCGCAGGUAAAUCACCUGUUCCGGAGCAGGAAAGCGGCUCAAAUCCGGGCUCCACUGAUGCGGUUAAUGUGCGGAGCUUGUUCAAAGAACUCCGAUAGUUUUGAUGACACACUUUUGUCAGAAGGUGUAGAGUGUAGAAGAGUUUUUCAUCUCCAGCUUACAGUGCAGUCUGAAGCUGAAGAGACACAAAUUUCUUCGACACAACUGAGAGGUUUUUAUUUCCUUUCUUCUCAACCCAGAGAACCCAGAACUACUACUAGAUCACUGCUAUUCUCCUCACCAUGUGGACGCUCGCUGUCUUCUCUCUGUGCCUCGUCUCGACGGUUCUCUGCUUGGACUCCAACGAGAUUCGCUCCUCCAGAGAGAUAAUCACAGACCCUGAACCGACAGCGAUACCGUCGGAGAUCUUCACAGUAAACGUGAGCGUCCAUAAUAACGUGAGGCGACGACAGAAAAGCCCUGAAUGUACUAAUCAGCAGGAAAACGGAUGCCAGAGUUCGAAGAAGAGACGUCGUCAGAGAAAGAAGCCGUCGCUGGAUGAUACAGUCACUGAAAACGGACAGAAGAGGAGGAGAAACUGUUUGCGCUCCGGUGACUGUGGAGAGGGCUGGUGCUGCGUUCAAUACAACGGUGGAAGACGGUGCCAGAAGGUUCUUCAGGAAGGCGAGAUGUGCCUUUUAGGAGCGCGGCCAAAGUCUAAAACCCGCAGAUUGUUGGAGCGAUGCCCCUGCACGGCGGGUUUGAACUGUCUUCGGAUGCCUGGUAGCCUCAAGGGACAAGGACAGUGUCGUGUUCAAGAAAAGGAAGGAGGCAACCCGCAUUAGGGUGUGUCUGAAACCUAAAACACUAACGGCUUCUCAGGCAGAGCCCGGCGGCGGCCUGUGUCCGAAUCUCAUGUUUGUUUAGAAAAAGAAAAAAAGAUAAGAAAAGACAGCAUGAUGAACACAUGGCCAAUUAUUUUUGAAAGCAUUGUCAAUCUUUACUGGCCAAGAAAGACAUCCCACAAUCCUGUGCAUCACACCGAUCAGUCUGGUGACCAAACAUCAACAUAAGUGUGGACAGUUUGGUUCAACAAAUUAUUAUUUAUUAUUUAAUUUCCCACAAAAAAAUAUUAUUGUUUUCCCAUUCCACGUGAAUAUUCCCAGCACUUAUUAUUAUGGAGUUAGCAAGCUGAUACCUCAGGCUUCUGUGUCGCAGGCUAACAUACUCAAUUAACUGUAUGUUAUAAAUACGUUUUAACAAAAGAUCUGAUUCGAAGAAACUAUUAACUGUUAAACAUCUGUAUUUAUAUUUCAGAUAUUUACUGAUAUAAUGAAUGGGGUUAUUAUUUCUAUCUGUAUACCUUCAUAUAUUUUUCAUUAGCUUAGCUUCUUCAUAGCUAAAACUUGUUUUGCUUGAAUUA